UAUCCCAUGAUGCACCGCGCCAGCCCCAUCCCCAGUGGGCCGCCAUGUUGUCGGAGUGAAAGGUAAGGGGGAGCGAGAACGCUGGAGAGAGAAGAUCGGGGGGCUGAAAUCCAUCUUCAUCCUACCGCUCCGCCCGUGUUGGUGGAAUGAGCGUUGCAUGUGUCUUGAAGAGAAAAGCAGUGCUUUGGCAGGACUCUUUCAGCCCCCACCUGAAACAUCACCCUCAAGAACCAGCUAAUCCCAACAUGCCUGUUGUUUUGACAUCUGGAACAGGGUCGCAAGCGCAGCCACAACCAGCUGCAAAUCAGGCUCUUGCAGCUGGGACACACUCCAGCCCUGUCCCAGGAUCCAUAGGAGUUGCUGGCCGUUCCCAGGACGACGCUAUGGUGGACUACUUCUUUCAGAGGCAGCAUGGUGAGCAGCUUGGGGGAGGAGGAAGUGGUGGAGGCGGCUAUAAUAAUAGCAAACAUCGAUGGCCUACUGGGGAUAACAUUCAUGCAGAACAUCAGGUUCGGUCUAUGGAUGAACUGAAUCAUGAUUUUCAAGCACUUGCUCUGGAGGGAAGAGCAAUGGGAGAGCAGCUCUUGCCAGGUAAAAAGUUUUGGGAAACAGAUGAAUCCAGCAAAGAUGGACCAAAAGGAAUAUUCCUGGGUGAUCAAUGGCGAGACAAUGCCUGGGGAACAUCAGAUCAUUCAGUUUCCCAGCCAAUCAUGGUGCAGAGAAGACCUGGUCAGAGUUUCCAUGUGAACAGUGAGGUCAAUUCUGUACUGUCCCCACGGUCGGAGAGUGGGGGACUAGGCGUUAGCAUGGUGGAGUAUGUGUUGAGCUCAUCCCCGGGAGAUUCCUGUCUAAGAAAAGGAGGAUUUGGCCCAAGGGAUGCAGACAGUGAUGAAAACGACAAAGGUGAAAAGAAGAACAAGGGUACGUUUGAUGGAGAUAAGCUAGGAGAUUUGAAGGAGGAGGGUGAUGUGAUGGACAAGACCAAUGGUUUACCAGUGCAGAAUGGGAUUGACGCAGACGUCAAAGAUUUUAGCCGUACCCCUGGUAAUUGCCAGAACUCUGCUAAUGAAGUGGAUCUUCUGGGUCCAAACCAGAAUGGUUCUGAGGGCUUAGCCCAGCUGACCAGCACCAAUGGUGCCAAGCCUGUGGAGGAUUUCUCCAACAUGGAGUCCCAGAGUGUCCCCUUGGACCCCAUGGAACAUGUGGGCAUGGAGCCUCUUCAGUUUGAUUAUUCAGGCACGCAGGUACCUGUGGACUCAGCAGCAGCAACUGUGGGACUUUUUGACUACAAUUCUCAACAACAGCUGUUCCAAAGACCUAACGCGCUUGCCGUCCAGCAGUUGACAGCUGCUCAGCAGCAGCAGUAUGCACUUGCGGCUGCUCAUCAGCCUCACAUUGGUAUGUUUUCAGCAGGUUUAGCUCCUGCUGCGUUUGUUCCCAAUCCUUACAUCAUCAGUGCUGCUCCCCCAGGGACGGACCCCUACACAGCUGGAUUGGCUGCUGCAGCAACACUAGGCCCCGCUGUGGUUCCUCACCAGUAUUAUGGAGUCACUCCCUGGGGAGUCUACCCUGCCAGUCUUUUUCAGCAGCAAGCCGCUGCCGCUGCUGCAGCAACUAAUUCUGCUAAUCAGCAGACUACCCCCCAGGCUCAGCAAGGGCAGCAGCAGGUUCUCCGUGGAGGAGCCAGCCAGCGUCCUUUGACCCCAAAUCAGAACCAGCAGGGGCAGCAAACAGAUCCACUAGUGGCAGCUGCAGCAGUGAAUUCUGCCCUUGCCUUUGGACAAGGAUUGGCUGCAGGCAUGCCAGGUUAUCCAGUUUUGGCUCCUGCUGCUUACUAUGACCAAACUGGUGCUCUUGUCGUGAAUGCUGGAGCAAGAAAUGGUCUUGGAGCUCCUGUUCGACUGGUAGCUCCUGCCCCAGUCAUCAUUAGUUCCUCAGCCGCACAAGCAGCUGUUGCAGCGGCCGCAGCUUCAGCAAAUGGAGCAGCCGGUGGUCUUGCUGGAACAACAAAUGGACCAUUUCGCCCUUUAGGAACCCAGCAGCCUCAGCCCCAGCCCCAGCAGCAGCCCAAUAACAACCUGGCAUCCAGCUCUUUCUAUGGCAACAACUCUCUGAGCAGCAAUUCGCAGAGCAGCUCCCUCUUCUCCCAGGGCUCUGCCCAGCCUGCCAACACAUCUUUGGGAUUUGGAAGUAGCAGUUCUCUCGGCGCCACCCUGGGAUCAGCUCUUGGAGGGUUUGGAACAGCAGUUGCAAACUCCAACACUGGCAGUGGCUCCCGCCGUGACUCCCUGACUGGCAGCAGUGACCUUUAUAAGAGGACAUCGAGCAGCUUGACCCCCAUUGGACACAGUUUUUAUAACGGCCUUAGCUUUUCCUCCUCUCCUGGACCCGUGGGCAUGCCUCUCCCUAGUCAGGGACCAGGACAUUCACAGACACCACCUCCUUCCCUCUCUUCACAUGGAUCCUCUUCAAGCUUAAACCUGGGAGGACUCACGAAUGGCAGUGGAAGAUACAUCUCUGCUGCUCCAGGCGCUGAAGCCAAGUACCGAAGUGCGAGUAGUGCCUCCAGCCUCUUCAGCCCCAGCAGCACCCUCUUUUCUUCCUCUCGUUUGCGAUAUGGAAUGUCUGAUGUCAUGCCCUCUGGCAGGAGCAGGCUUUUAGAAGAUUUUCGAAAUAACCGGUACCCCAAUUUACAACUGCGGGAGAUUGCUGGGCAUAUAAUGGAAUUUUCCCAAGACCAGCAUGGGUCCAGAUUCAUUCAGCUGAAAUUAGAGCGGGCCACACCAGCUGAGCGCCAGCUUGUUUUCAACGAAAUCCUCCAGGCCGCUUAUCAGCUAAUGGUUGAUGUAUUUGGAAAUUAUGUCAUUCAGAAGUUCUUUGAAUUUGGCAGCCUUGAACAGAAGCUGGCUUUGGCAGAACGGAUUCGAGGCCAUGUCCUGUCAUUGGCACUGCAGAUGUAUGGCUGCCGUGUUAUCCAGAAAGCUCUUGAAUUUAUUCCUUCAGACCAGCAGGUAAUUAAUGAGAUGGUUCGGGAACUAGACGGCCAUGUCCUGAAGUGUGUGAAAGACCAGAAUGGUAAUCACGUGGUUCAGAAAUGCAUUGAGUGUGUGCAGCCCCAGUCUUUGCAGUUUAUCAUCGAUGCAUUUAAAGGGCAGGAUCAAUACGGAAAUUAUGUAAUCCAGCACGUAUUGGAGCAUGGUCGUCCUGAGGAUAAAAGUAAAAUUGUAGCAGAAAUCCGAGGCAAUGUACUUGUAUUGAGUCAGCACAAAUUUGCAAGCAAUGUUGUGGAGAAGUGUGUCACUCACGCGUCCCGUACGGAGCGUGCCGUGCUUAUUGAUGAGGUAUGCACCAUGAACGACGGUCCCCACAGUGCCUUAUACACCAUGAUGAAGGACCAGUACGCCAACUACGUGGUCCAAAAGAUGAUUGAUGUCGCAGAGCCAGCCCAGCGCAAGAUUGUCAUGCAUAAGAUACGGCCUCACAUUGCAACUCUUCGCAAGUAUACUUACGGCAAGCACAUUCUGGCCAAGCUGGAGAAAUACUACAUGAAGAACGGCGUCGACUUAGGGCCCAUCUGUGGCCCCCCUAAUGGUAUUAUCUGAGGCAGCGUCACCCCUGUCCCCUUAUUCCCACUCACCUCAUUGGCCCAUUGGCAAGUCCAGCCAGCAACCAGAAAUGUUCUAGUGUAGACUUAAAAUGGGUACCCUGUCCUCUAAGAAAAGGAAUCAAAUCCACAGUGGAAAAGCCUUUGUAAAUUUGUUUAAUUUUAUUACGCAUAACAUGUACUAAUUAUUUUUUUUAAUUGACUAAUUGCCCUGUUGUUUUACUGGUGUAUAGGAUACUUGUACAUAGGUUACCAGCGUACACGGGAGGCCACAUUAUUUUGUUCAAUGUUGUAUCUAUAUCCCACGUGUGGAAACUUUCAGGGUGGUUGGUUUAACAAAAAAAGUUUAAAAAAAAAGAAAAAAAAAGAAAAAGGUUUUUAAAUCACUUGCCUCACCGGCAAGUUUUGCAAAUAGCUCUUCUCCACCUCCUCAUUUUAGUAAAAAACAAAAACAAACAAAAAAACCUGAGAAGAUUGAAUUUUAGUUAAAUGACCUCAAACUGGCAUUUAACGCUGUUUAUAAAAUAUAUAUAUAUACAUAUAUAUAUAUAAUGAAAAUUGUUUAAGAGUUGCUAAAACCUCAGUUUAUGACAUUAAGUUUAUGAACCUUCUAAAAAUUGCCUUUUUUGGAGACUAUUAUGCUGAAGAAAAUUACGUAGUCUGUUCUGUGAGGAGGAGAUGUGCGCAUCCAGGAUAUUUUUCAAGGGUGGGCGGGUAUAUCGGUUUGUCGCCUAUGGAAUUCUUUUCUGUUAACAUUAAAAGGCAAAAUCUGAUUAUUUAGCAUGAGAAAAAAAAUCCAACUCUGCUUUUGGUCUUGCUUCUAUAAAUAUAUAGUGUAUACUUGGUGUAGACUUUGCAUAUAUACAAAUUUGUAGUAUUUUCCUGUUUUGAUGUCUAAUCUGUAUCUAUAAUGUACCCUAGUAGUCGAACAUACUUUUGAUUGUACAAUUGUACAUUUGUAUACCUGUAAUGUAAAUGUGGAGAAGUUUGAAUCAACAUAAACACGUUUUUGGUAAGAAAAGAGAAUUAGCCAGCCCUGUGCAUUCAGUGUAUAUUCACACCUUUUAUGGUCGUAGCAUAUAGUGUUGUAUAUUGUAAAUUGUAAUUUCAACCAGAAGUAAAUUUUUUUCUUUUGAAGGAAUAAAUGUUCUUUAUACAGCAUAGUUAACGUUAAAAAAGAAGAAAAAAACACUUGGUUUUAUUUGUCACCUAGUCAGUAAGUAGCAAGGUCCUUUCUAAAUGUUCUUCAAGAUGAUUCAGUUCACAUUAGUGUUUUUUUAAAUCCUAAAGUAAUGUUUUACUUAUUUUGUGACAGUCGAAAGGACGUGCAAAGUUCAGCCCUGCCCUAGCCUUCCUUACAAUCAGAGUCCCUCUCCCUUGUAAAGUGUGAAUUGCCCUUUUUGUACAGAAGAUGAAUUGUAUUUUGCAUUUUGUCUACUUGUAAGUGAAUGUAACAUACUGUCAAUUUUCCUUGUUUGAAUAUAGAAUUGUAACACUACACGGUGUACAUUUCCAGAGCCUUGUGUAUAUUUCCAAUGAACUUUUUUGCAAGCACACUUGUAACCAUAUGUGUAUAAUUAACAAACCUGUGUAUGCUUAUGCCUGGGCAACUAUUUUUUGUAACUCUUGUGUAGAUUGUCUCUAAACAAUGUGUGAUCUUUAUUUUGAAAAAUACAGAACUUUGGAAUCUGA